ACGUACGGUGACGUCACCGCGCUCAUCCGCGACCCAUCCGACCCGCUCCGCUCCCCAUGAUUCAAUCGCACUCGUUGGCCGCGAUAUCGAUCGCACCCAGCUAACACCUCAAAACUCGACUCCGUUAUGUAUUGUUUACUAACAAACUGACUCAUAUCACAAGGCUCCGAUGGACACGAACGAUUUCGUGCUGCGAAGGAUCAAGCCCCAGGCAAGGCCUGCAACUGUACUUCUUGGCGGCCUAUUCUCCAUGCUCAGCUAUGGAGUUGUUUAUACUUUCGGUAAUCUCCUACCGUACCUGGCGUCGUACCUGCGAUGGAAAGUGGAUCCGACGAUGCGAUUUGGGCGUCUGAUGUGGCUACAGACGCUGAUGAGUAGCAUUCCGUUUGCGAUGUUGAUGGGCGGUGUUCUGGAACGGAAGAUUGGCGGUCGAAAAACGGCCAUCAUCGGCUCAAUUAUCUACACCUCAAGUAUAGGUCUCACCUACUUCUCCAUACAACAUUCAUUCGUCGCCCUUCUUCUCUCAAUGGGUAUCUUCGCCAGUGCUGGACAGAGCAUCGCUUACAAUGCUAUACUGACCACAGCUCAGCGUUGGUUUCCAGACGAAGUCGGGUUGGCAGGUGGAAUGAUUGUGGCAGGAUACGGUUCUGGAGCAUUUGUUCUUGCACCGUUACAAACCGCUUUUAUCAAUCCGCUGGACUAUAGAGCCAACAAGGAUGGUUUCUUUACACAAGUGGAUCUUUUGGAAAGGGUCCCGCAAGUAUUCAUUGUAAUGGCUGUUGUUUUUGCACUUCUGCAAAUCGUUGGCUUACCUCUCAUAGGACAACCGAUUGAGGAACUUGAUGUUGAAACUGAGCCGCUUGUAAUGGAGAAUAGAGGCAGAUCAGUCGCCACCCAUUUGAAAUCACCCACAUUUAUUAUGCUCUUCGUCUCCUUGACCUUCAAUGCACUCUGGGUUCAGCUGGUCAGCGGACUUUACAAGGCUUACGGUCAGCAGUUCAUCAACAGCGAUGCCUUCCUCUCACUUGUUGGGUCACUAGCUGCUAUCUCUAACGCUCUUAGUCGGGUCAUUUGGGGAGUAGUCGCCGACAGAACGUCUUUUCAACUGACGAUGUCGAUUGUCUGUACGCUUGGGGCAAUGCUGGUUUGGUUAUUGCCAGCAGUACAACUGCUAGGCAAUGACUUAGUGUUUCUAGCUGUGAUAUGCGGAGCCUUUACUUGCAUCGGCGGGACAUAUUCUCUCUUUCCUUACAUCACCCAUAAAUGCUUCGGAAGUAGCAAUUUUGGCGUACUGUACGGAUGCCUUCAGUGUGCUUUGACAGUAGCCGGGGUGGCGUCAGCACUGCUCUCUCAGUUCGUUCUUCCAAUGAUAGGAUUCAAUAGGUUCUUUCUAAUCAUGGGUGGAUUCAUGGCCUUUUCACUCUUACUAACAACUCUUGUACAUUGCACUGUUCCUGAGGAACUUCGAGUACGGCCGUCGUAUGAACCGGUUGACGAGGAAUAAUUCGUUCUUAUUGUUGCCUUAGAUUGUUAAUCUUCAGUCACUAUACUGGUAUGUACUGUUCACUUUGCUGUGAGUUCACUGAUGAUACAUGUAUCAAUGUUGUUAUGUUGCUAGCAACUUGGCAAUUCCAGUAGCUUCAAGGCAUUUGCAGUAGUGGUUGUUAUGACUUCUUCCAGUGUUAGGCCUUUCACCU